CUCCUGCUCGGCAUGGGCGCGGACGAGCUCCUCGCGGGCUACGCGCGGCACCGGACGGCCUACGCGCGCGGCGGCGCGCCGGCGCUCGCCGCGGAGCUCGACGGCGACCUCGUGCGCCUCGCGUCGCGGAACCUGGGCCGCGACGACCGCGUCGUGUCGCACCACGGCCGCGAGGCGCGGUUCCCGUACCUCGACGAGGCCGUGCUCGCCGUCGUCCGCGGGGAGCUCGGGCCCGCCGUCGCGGACCUCGACGAGCCGCCGGGCGUCGGCGCGAAGCGGGUGCUGCGGGACGUCGCGGCGGACCUCGGGCUGCCGCGCGUCGCGACGCUCGUGAAGCGCGCGUUGCAGUUCGGCACGCGCAUCGCG